GGCACCAGCGCCGCAAGCAACUGAGGCGGGACUCGGGAGCACAAGAGAUAUCAGGAAAGAGAGAGAGAGAGAGAGAGAGAGAGAGAGAGAGAGAGAGAGAGAGAGAGAGAGAGAGAGAGAGAGAGAGAGAGAGAGAGAGAGAGAGAGAGAGAGAGAGAGAGAGAGAGAAAAUGGGGAAGAAAGAGCAGAAGCCAGGGAAAGGUAAAGAGAAAACUGAGAGGAAAACAGCAAAAGCCGAUGAAAAGAGAGCGAAAAGAGAAUCUAAGAAACUUUCCCCAGAGGAUGACAUUGAUGCUAUCCUGUUGAGCAUACAGAAAGAGGAGGCUAAGAAGAAGGAAGUCACUGUUGAAGACAACGUUCCUGCACCUUCCCCUCGCUCUAAUUGUUCGUUGAAUAUUAAUCCGUUAAAGGAGACUGAACUAGUACUCUAUGGAGGCGAAUUUUAUAACGGCAGCAAGACAUUUGUAUAUGGCAAUCUCUAUCGUUAUGAUGUGGAAAAGCAAGAGUGGAAGUUGGUCUCAAGCCCUGAUAGUCCGCCACCUCGCAGUGCCCACCAAGCUGUUGCUUGGAAGAAUAACCUCUACAUUUUUGGUGGUGAAUUUACUUCACCCAAUCAAGAGCGGUUUCAUCACUACAAGGAUUUUUGGGUAUUGGACCUGAAAACAAAUCAAUGGGAACAACUAAAUUAUAAGGGUUCUCCUAGUCCACGCUCAGGUCAUCGGAUGGUUUUAUACAAGCACAAGAUCAUAGUGUUUGGAGGAUUCUAUGACACGCUUAGAGAAGUGAGGUAUUACAAUGAUCUUCAUGUCUUUGAUUUGGAUCAGUUUAAGUGGCAAGAAAUAAAGGGUACUCCUGGAUGUUUAUGGCCAAGUGCUCGAAGUGGCUUCCAGCUGUUUGUUCAUCAAGAUGAGAUAUACUUAUAUGGCGGCUAUUCCAAAGAAAUUUCACCUGACAAGAGUGGCUCAGAAAAGGGCGUUGUUCACUCAGAUAUGUGGUCCCUUGAUCCUAGGACAUGGGAAUGGAAUAAGGUGAAAAAGAGUGGAAUGCCACCUGGGCCCCGUGCCGGUUUCUCAAUGUGUAUCCAUAAAAAGCGGGCAAUACUAUUUGGAGGAGUUGUUGAUAUGGACUUGGAAGGAGAUGUAAUGAUGAGCUUGUUCUUGAAUGAACUUUAUGGCUUCCAAGUAGAUAGUCAUCGAUGGUAUCCAUUGGAGCUGAGGAAAGAAAAGUCUUCAAAGGAAAAGUUGAAAAGAACAUCAAAUGAGAAACCUCAACAUAAGGAUCUUGAUAGUAAGCCAACUACCAUGAAUGUGGAACACUCUAUUUCUGAUGAUGAAGACGAGGACUUCGCUCAUGAUGAAGAAGCCGCGGAAGUGAAUCUUGAUAAGAUCUCUUCAAAUAUGAAAAGAAAUGUGACUAUUGAUGAACAUGUGAAAAGAAGAUCUGAUGAAAAAUCUCUUGCACCUGUCUCUGAAUCAGUUGUGCACUGCUCAGUUCCAGCGGAGGCCGUGAAACCCUGUGGGCGCAUCAAUUCAUGUGUAGCUGUAGCUAGAGAUACUUUGUAUGUCUAUGGUGGAGUGAUGGAAAUCAGGGAUCGAGAAGUUACACUUGAUGAUCUAUAUACACUUAACCUCAGCAAACUUGAUGAAUGGAAGUGCAUCAUAGCGGCUUCUGAGCCAGAGUGGGUUGAAGCAUCAGACGAUGAAGAAGAAGAUGACAAUGGCGAUGAAGGGGAAAGCGGAGAUGAUAGUGCUGAUGAAUCUAGUGAAGAUGAUAGUGCAGAGGCUGGUACUGAUAGUUCAAGAUCAAUCAAAAUGGGAGAUGCUGUGGCUAUAGUGAAGGGUGAAGGAAAAACUCUUCGAAGGAAGGAGAAACGGGCUAGAAUCGAACAAAUCAGGGCUCAUCUUGGUCUCUCCGACUCUCAAAGAACACCAGCGCCUGGGGAGUCUUUGAGGGACUUUUAUAAACGCACAAACACAUACUGGCAAAUGGCAGCAUAUGAACACACACAACACACCGGAAAGGAGCUGCGCAAGGAUGGGUUUGAUCUUGCUAAAUCCCGGUACAGGGAGCUCAAACCGAUUCUUGAUGAGCUGGCCAUUCUUGAGGCAGAGCAGAAGGCUGAAGAAGAAGGUCCUGAAACUAGCAGUUCUAAAAAGAGAGUCGGAAACAAGAAAAGUAAACAUCUGGCAUCUAAAUAGUAUUGUUGACCCUACAAACCCUGUGAUUUUCAGCAAAUGUGGUAAGCUUCAAACCAUUACCAGAGCACAGUUGGUGCAGCUGCUCAAAGAAGCUGAUCUGUGGUGGGUAUCUACUUGGAUUGAUAAGACAUCGUGGAUUGUUCUGUGCAUGAAACAGGAUCCCUUUACAGAUUGAUACUACGUAUACGGAACUAGUCUGGAUUACAUACGGAAAAUUUUUCAUGUAGCAAGUGCUGGGUAGAUUAUUUACGGAGUAUAAUUUAAGGGGAAUUCUAUAUACAGCCACAGAGUUGCUAUUCACAGCCAUCUAAUUAAAUUUUAAUAAUUAAAAAUAUUUCAAAUGUCCAAUUUACCCUUUAAAACAUAUCACCAUUGCUGCCUCAAUUUUAA